CUUGCCUGUAUGUUGAAUUUGAGCACGCUGACAGUGUAACGUCUCAGGGUGAUUUAGCCUUUAAUCCGUGUGAAUAAUGGCGCCAACUGGUGAAGUGGUGUUUGGUGACAGCAGCCGAGUCUGCGCAGAAAAUCGGCUGCGCUGGGACCUUAAACCAGAUCAGAUCCACCAGCUUACAGAUGAGCUCAUUGCCAAAACCAAGAAAGUGUACGACGAGGUCGGGGCUUUGGACAUCACCAGUGUCACUUAUGAGAACACGCUGAAGGCUCUUGCUGAUGUAGAGGUGGAGUACACAGUCCAGCGGAACAUGUUGGAUUUCCCUCAGCACGUGUCCUCCUGUAAGGACGUGCGCACGGCCAGCACCGAUGCUGACAAGAAGCUCUCCGAGUUCGAUGUAGAGAUGAGCAUGAGGGAGGACGUGUACCAGAGGAUUGUUGCUCUCAAGGAGAAACUACAGGGUGAAAGUCUUACCGCGGAGGCGAGGAGAUACAUGGAGAGACUGAUCACAUUGGGAAAGAGAAACGGGCUCCAUCUUCCCAAGGAGACACAAGAGGAGAUCAAGAAGAUCAAGAAAAAACUUAGCACUCAGUGUAUUGAUUUCAGCAAGCACUUGAACGAGGACACCACUAAUCUCUGUUUCACCCGAGAGGAGCUGGGUGGCCUUCCUGAAGAUUUCCUCAACUCCUUAGAGAAGGAUGAAACAGGAAAGCUAAAACUGACCCUCAAAUACCCUCACUAUUUCCCCACCAUGAAGAAAUGCUAUGUCUCAGAGACACGUAGGAAAUUGGAGGAGGCUUUUAAUUCCCGGUGUAAAGAGGAGAACUCUGUUAUUCUGAAGGAGCUGGUGGAGUUACGCUCUCAGAAAUGCGCUCUGCUGGGCUUCAGCACUCAUGCUGACUUUGUGCUGGAAAUGAACAUGUCCAAAGUGGCCAAGAAGGUUGCUACGUUUCUCGAUGAGCUGUCCCAUAAGCUGAAGCCGCUGGGUGAGAAAGAGCGGGCGAUCAUGAUGAAGCUGAAGGAGAAAGAGUGCCAGAAGAGAAAUUUGCCGUUCAACAACGAGCUUCACGCCUGGGACAUGCGCUACUACAUGACCCAGGUGGAGGAGACUCAGUACGCCGUUGACCAGAAUUUGCUGAAAGAGUACUUCCCCAUGGAGGUGGUGACCAAUGGGCUUCUCGACAUCUACCAGGAACUGCUGAACCUCUCCUUCCAGCAGGUGAAAGGAGCCCCCGUGUGGCACGAUGAUGUCACUCUGUACUCUGUUAAGGACCGCACCUCUGGUCAGGUGGUGGGUCAGUUCUACUUGGACCUUUUCCCCAGAGAGGGGAAGUAUGGGCAUGCUGCCUGUUUCGGCUUGCAGCCUGGUUGUCUGCUGCCUGAUGGUACGAGACAGAUGGCCGUGGCAGCCAUGGUGGCUAACUUCAGCAAACCGACAGCUGAUGCUCCCUCCCUGCUGCAGCAUGAUGAGGUGGAGACCUACUUCCACGAGUUUGGCCAUGUCAUGCACCAGCUUUGUGCACAGUCAGAGUUUGCUAUGUUUAGUGGAACCCAUGUGGAAAGAGACUUUGUAGAGGCUCCUUCCCAGAUGCUGGAGAACUGGGUGUGGGAGAAGGAGCCGUUACAGCGAAUGUCCAAGCACUACAAGACAGGCAGUCCAAUCCCGGAAGAGCUUCUGGAUAAACUCAUCAAGUCCAGGCUUGCCAAUGCUGGUUUGUUUAACCUAAGGCAGAUAGUGCUAGCUAAAGUAGAUCAAGCCCUUCACACAAGAGCAGGAGUGGAUCCAGCAGAGGAAUAUGCGAAGCUGUGUCAGGAAAUCCUGGGAAUUCCAGCCACACCAGGUACAAACAUGCCAGCCACAUUUGGUCACCUUGCAGGUGGAUACGAUGCUCAGUAUUAUGGUUAUCUUUGGAGCGAGGUCUUCUCCAUGGACAUGUUCUAUGCCCGCUUCAAGAAAGACGGCAUCAUGAACCCUAAGAUUGGUCUAGACUACAGGAAUUGUAUCCUGAAGCCCGGAGGUUCAGAAGAUGCAUCCGACAUGCUAAAGAAGUUCUUGGGAAGAGAGCCCAAGCAAGAUGCGUUCCUCUUGAGCAAAGGAUUGUCGGUGGAGCAGGAGCCAAGCACGCCUUGUGCUUGUUGACGAGUUACAGUACUAUUACACUAAUGUUGCUGGUGUCUCUCUGGGAAACGUUAAAACACACAAGCAGUACAGACUGAUUAACUCUGAUUGGUCAAACACCUUCCAGAAAUUUUCACUUUAAUCAUCAAAGGCUAUGUAUCUUAAGCACACCAGUAUUGAUUUUUAUUUUUUUUUUUGUGAUUAAAACCUGCCUAUUACAUUUUUUUAUUUUGUAUUGUGCACCCUGGUGCAACAGUUACCCACAAAGGUCUAACAACCUCUUGUUACAAGUUACUUCAUAAUGAAAGACUCGCCUGUAAAAAUCAUCUGACUAAUUAAUUUUACCUGCUAUAUGGGGAAAAAAUAAACACCAGUCAAAGGAUGUGAUGUGUUCAUAAACAUUAAUAGCUAGAGCUGGGAAUUUAAUGCCAUUUUGCGUGACAAUUUAAUUCUCAAUUAUUUAAGAUUCAUCAAUCUUGGUGAAUUUCUAUAGUAUAAAUAAUAGCUGAAUUAUUAUUCUUUUUUUUUAUAACUGGGACCUCCUUAAAGCACACAGCAAAAUAGCUGCAGUAUUUGAAAGAGUGAGCAAAAGCCCAAGCUUUAACACCAGCAUAGGGUUUUCAGUUUCAGUACAGUUUUCUUGUUAAGAAUUAUGAAAAAAAAAAAACUUCCUACAUCCUUAAUAUUUCUCCGAGAACAGGAACAGUGAAAACGGUUUUCUUCCAACAAUCAAAGAACAAUUUAUGGUGUUUUCCUGAAAUACUUUAUCUUGGCAUGACAGAGCUUGUAAGACAUGACUGUUUUCACCAGUUUCAUCCCUUGGAAAGAAUAAAAUCCACAAUGUGUACAA